AUGCUGCCGACACAGCUAGUUAAUCACGCUGAUUUGUGGACCAGCAUCAAGACGCUCAAGGGAAAGACGGGCACCGUUGGAGUUGGUGCAGGAGGAUCGAAUCGCAUUGUAUGCCACGGCCAUACCGCCGUCAAUUUGUACAAUACUGGCAAAUCUGCGACCAAUUUCAACCUCCAUGAGCUAGGGUUCAAGGUUGAGGAUGCGUACAGGGCGUGCUAUGGGAGUAAUCCUAGUGCGGGCGCAGGCGACAAGAAGACGAAUUUGGCAUUCCAGCACUUUGGAGAUGGGUACAAUUUCCUGGUUCACGGCAAUGCGGACUGCUAG